UUCCAUAAAAGUUUCCAGAGGUGGAAAAGGCUUGUCUUUAGUAUGAUUUUGAUCAUAGGUACAUAUACACUUUCAUUGGAAUAGAGGACUGGCAUCCUCAAUCUUUGUAGUACCAGACCUGAAACUGCUGCAUCAUGGAACCCGAUUAUUCUAAAAGGGCCUAUCAAGGGGUUAGGGUCAAGCACACAGUGAAAGAUUUACUGGCAGAGAAACGACAAAGACAAACAAAUGGACCAAGAUAUAGUGGAGGAACAUCCAGUCAAUCGUCAUUUGUCCAAAUGCCAGGGUCUCACAUGAUCCCUGGCUACUACAGCAUGAGGCGACCCUUCAUCUCUGACUCGGACUUCUCCCCCAAGCAGUUUUCAGCCGAUGUCUACUCCUCAUCCCUUGGGGUCAAGCCUCUGGGUUGUGACUCAUCGGCCAUGUCGGGAUACUCCUCCUUCAUAGACAGCUACUACCAGGAAACGUUCGGAGACUACCGCAGUGCAGCCUUCACCACCGGAGGGAGCUCCAUCUUCCCCAGCUCCGCCCUGUCCAGUCUGCUACCACCUUUCUCCGGAGAGUCCCCCCACUUCCUCCUGAGAGAUUCAUGGGAGCAGUCAGUGGCAGACCCAGUGACCCAGGGAGAGGGCUUGUGUGCAGACAGCCUGAACUCUGUUCCAGUCUCCCUGCCCAGCCCCGACCCUCCUGGGAGCCCCUCACAGUACCGCUGCUCCACCCGCAGCUCCUCCAUGGCCUCAGCACAGCCCUAUGCCCUUCACCCUCUGGAAGAAAUACACUAUCACACCUCUUACCCUGCUGCCUCCACUUUCACAUGUCCUUCCUAUAUGACUGUCUCCAACGACCUAGCCUCCAAGGCCCCUCUAGCUAAUGAGGACUCUGACAGUACCCUCACCACACAUAGUGACACUCACUCGUGGGUGAAAGAAGAUGUCGGAAGCUCUUGGUCACCAUAUGAGAUUCGGAGGACUUAUUAAGUCAAUUUGGAAACGACCUGUCCUUCACAGAAAACCGAAACAAUGCUGAUGCAAGCGAUUCAGCUCCUUUUGAUCCAAAUAUUUGACUUUGUAGACUUUGCUUAUCACUUUAUAGAAGUACAAAGUAGAACUUUUACUUAUUUGACCCUCCUAAGUCCCCUGGUGACAUACAGUAAGAGCUGGGCGCACACUGGUUGCAUCAACUUUGUUUACACGGCAUUUCAAUGAAAUUACCUUGAGCCAACAUGGAAUAGACAUUGAAUUGACAUUUAUGAUUCAGUGGUUAGACCUAGAAUGACUUUGCCUGUGUUCAAGUGUUUGAAAUAGAUGUGUUUCUAUACCGUCAUUAUAUUAGUAAAACAUCAUUUUUAUUUAUAUACUGCCAUGGCGACAAUUACGAUGAACAUGUGACAACGAUCUUUAUUUUUGCUAAAGGUUGUUUUACUUUAGCGUUCUUCUUUACUUAAUGUCAUCUUGUUGUCUGCUUUAAUAGCCAAAUCAGAGUUUGUCAAACUGUAUCUGCUUUAUGUUAGCCUUUACUCGAUGACGCUGUGGUAAUGAAUAUGUAGUUUUUUUUAUUUUUUUAUCUUUCGUAUCUUUUAGGAUUUUGUUGCAAAACAUUCAUUAGUAGUAAUAGGCAGAGGUGACAUCUCAAUGAAAAGUCUUGAAUAUAAUGAAAGACAAUCAGAGAUGACCAUCCACAGAAUACUUCAAGAAGUGAAUGGGAAUCUACACCUGAAUAUUUUACUUUCAAAGACAAUGCAGGGAUCUGAAUUGGUCAAUGGGUGCAUGUGAUUUACCAUACUCCCAGUUUCCCUGAUUAAUCAAUGCUUCCUGUGUUUGGCGUUUCAUUUAUACAUUUCAAGAAAUAAAAAACAUAGAUAAUGUAUAGGGCAGUAGAAUUCUUUAUUAUAAAUCCAUUAUAAUAAAAGACACUGCAAUAAAUGCAUGAAAAUGAAACAUAUUUUUUGCUAAAAUGACACAUGAAAAAAACAUGACUUUUCCGUUUGUUGAGUUAUAUUUUGUUCUGUCACCACUACAUCGAAUUAAGACUGAGGGAGAACCUACUAACGUAUAUCCUACACUAGAUGGCGCGGUUGUUUCAUGUUACCUCUUCUCUUAUGAUAUCAGCGUAAUUCAUGGGGGGAAUUGCAACGGCAGCAAUAAAUCAAUAAAAAAAGCCAAACGUUAGAUAUUCUAUGAGAGCACUAGCAUAAUAUUCUUGGUAGUUAGGAUAAUGGACCCAGGUCCUACUUUAUGGAAGUUUGUCAAUACAACUACCCAGUGGAGAUGAUGGGAUUUAGGCCUACAUAAUAGGGAUCAUUGUAUAGGCCCCUACCAGUACAAAUCAGGAAAGGCCAUAGAUUGUGUUGGGCAGAUAGUGUACGUGCAUUUUCUCAAUAUAUGAGUGAGGAUAAUGAUAGAUCGAUACCCCAAAACUGAAAUCUAAGCUAUUUUAAUUAAAACUAUUGCCCUUCCCUCCCUUAUCUCACCUCAUUUGCUCACAUUGUAUAUAGACUUAUUUUUCUACUGUAUUAUUGACUGUAUGUUUGUUUUAUUCCAUGUGUAACUCUGUAUGUGUCGAACUGCUUUGCUUUAUCUUGGCCAGGUCGCAGUUGUAAAUGAGAACUUGUUCUCAACUUGUCUACCUGGUUAAAUAAAGGUAAAAUAAACCAAUUAUAUAAAAAUAA